AUGGCAUGUACAGCCACCUUACAAAGACCCCAAGAGAAAACUAACACUUGGUCUUCAAUAUUUCCAAAUGAGCAAGUAACUGAACAGCAAUCAGCAUUGUUUGUCAAGAAGUUGCUUGCAGUUGCAAUUUCUAAUAUUGCAUACUUGAGGGCAAUUUUUCCAGAACAUGCUUUUGGUGACCGAUGCCUUGAAGGUUUGAACCUCAAAAUAAUGAGAGAUGAUAGUGCAUGUCCAGGUGCAUCCCAGGUCAUUAAAUGGGUCAAAGGUUGUUUUGAUGCUGUUGACAAGAAAUAUCUAAGAAUGCUUAUCAUGGGAAUAUAUCUGGAUGCAGAGGACCCUGAUACAGUCAUUGAAUCUUACACCUUCAAGUUUUCAUACAAAAACACUGCAGAAAUGGAUGUUUAUAGAAAUGAAAAGAAGAUUGCAAGUGCUGACUCUGUUUUUGAGACCAAGAAGGCUACUAUCAGACUGUUGAGAACAAUGGUUGUAUUGACCCAGACAUUAAAGUCUUUACCAGAUGAUGUGAUGCUGACCAUGAAGCUCCUUUAUUAUGAUGAAUGUACACCAGAAGAUUAUGAGCCCCCAGGUUUCAAGCCAGCACAGACCGAUUCAUUUGUGUUUGAUGAAGAGCCUAUGAACAUCAAAGUUGGAGAUGUCUCAACUCAAUUCCAUACAAUAAAAAUGAGGAUAAAAACAGACAGUAAGCAGUUUGAAUUGAAAGAUGACCAGGCUGAAGAAAAGGAUGAAGAAAAGGUUGCAAAUCCUGUGCAAGAAGAAGAGAUGUGUGUGGAGGAUCAAGAGGAGGAUGAAAAGGAAAAAGAGGAAAAAGAAAUCCAGGAGUGUAAAGGCAAUGUUUACUCUUUUAAUGAUAACAAAUCAACAGAGAAGAUGUCUCUUCGUGGGAAGCAAUCCAAGAAGUAUCAUACACCAGAUGCUGUAGUACCAACAGAAAUGCCUGCUAUGCCUGGUUCGACAGACCGAGCUAUUGAUACAACUGGAUCUCAGAAGAGUCAAACUUCAGUCCAAGAUGAAGUUCUCAGAGUUCGUUGUCCUUGUGGAUGUAAUGAGGAUGAUGGAUUAAUGAUUUUGUGUGCUGUUUGCAACGUAUGGCAGCAUGGAGUGUGCUUCCUUGUGCAGUCUGAGGCAGAUGCUCCAACACAACACAUCUGUGAUGUCUGUGGAGAGCCAGGAAAUCAAGAAAAAGAACCAACAGAUCCAUACCUGAAUACUUUAUCAGCAAUUGGAGUACAAGCUACUUGUCUGUGGAGGAGAGCCCUGAUGGCGACCUCAGAGAUGAACAGAGUAAUUGGACCUAACCUAGCUAGACGACUUGGUGUGGAGAUGACUGUGGCUCAAGGUCUUAUGAAUAGAUUGGAAAAAGAAGGCUUCAUUCGCAAUGCAGGGAAAGGGAAAAGACUUGGGAAAAUGGUGGAGAAAAGUAAGAUUUUGAAUGAAGGUAUACCAAGGUAUUUCAAAAAGAAAAAUUGUCAGCCACAGGAACACAACGAAAAACAGCCAGAGUCAAAAGAAGAUACACAGAUUUCUCAGCUGACUGAGAUGGCAGACAGUAUCAGUCUUUCAAGAAAGAAAAAAGGAAAAAAGAGCAAGAAGAAAACACGAGCACCUGUAGAAGAGGUGAGUCAAAGUCCAAGACUUGAUACUAAAAUGAACAAUGAAGAUCAGGAUUUUGCAACACCAUCAAAUACAAAGAAAGGAAGGAAAAGGGCAAUCUCGAAGGUGGAUGGACAUCAUGAAUUUGAUGUUUGCGACAGUCAAGAUGUGUAUGAUGGCCCUGGAACAAGAAAGAGGAAAGCAAGUAUUGUCGCCAGGGAAAUUAUGGUGUGAUUUACACAAAAAACACAAAGAGAGGGAAAUAAACCGACACAAAAAAGUGUUACAAAAUAUCAAAACCAGAA